CUAAAGUUAGAGGAAACUGCCAGUGGGUGCUGUGAUGCCUAGCGUGUGUCUCUCCGAACUGAGGUAACCGACUGCGAUAGGAAGCCACAUGUUCUCAAGCCAGCUUAAGACGGUGGGGUAAAAUACAGAAGGUGACCCGAUGGAGGGCUCAACCCCUCAACUCCAGUCUUCUUGGGACAAAAAUAUCUCCAGGAAGCGCAGAGCCUGGGCUCAGAGCAGAGGGCAGCGGCAGAAUGUGGAAGAAAACCUCAAAGGCACAGGCUGCAGUGCAGAUGCCAGUUCGAGUGCUGUGAACAGAGCUGAAGAUAACCUGAACACUGGAGCCAAGGGCACUAUGUCACGGAAACCGAGUCAGCCAACGUUAUCAUGUAUCUCUCAAAUACUGGAAUUUUACAAAGAGGAUCCUGAAGAUAUACUGUAUAAUCUUGGCUUUGGAAUGGAAGAGCCGAAUAUUACAGCAAAAAUCCCAUCCCGCUUCUUCAGUUAUACCUCUCAUGCCAAUGGAAUUAACUUCAGGGUCUUUUUAGAAGCUCAGGUGAAGAGACUGGGGGAAGAAAAUCCCAGCUACACACUGGCAAGUCGCUUCAGGCAAAUUGAGGUUCUCACAACCAUGGCGAAUGCCUUAACCUCCCUGUACUCCCGUGUUUCCAAAACACCCGUGACGAAGAUUGGACCUGUCCUCGAGUUUUCCUUCAGUCCUGAUAAAUUCAACAGAAGUCCAGAAGGGAAGCUCCCAGGUGGCAAAGCAGUUCAGAAACUGAGGAAAACAAUUACUAAGUUGUGCUUGUAUGGACCACCCAAGAUGUUGGAAUAUCCAAAACAAAAGGAAGAAUCUGCAAGCAAAACGAGCUCAGGACUGGAACAGUCUCAAGCGUGCACUAUGAAGGCAGACUGGGUGAGGACUGAGCCUAACGGCUCAGGAGAAGUUUGCGAGAAGGCCAUCAGUUCAAGGGACAGUGAAAGGUCAGAGUCUUCUUGCCCGAAGGAGGAAGAAAAUCAUCAAGCCAGCAGCGCCAUGACCAAGGAGGUGUGGAAUGUGGACAUCGGGAGGUCUAAGGUUUACAACAUCAGCACAAGGAGUACUCCACUACUGGAGUCUCCUAAUGAACAGUUGGAGUGUUCUGAUCCUGUGCCAUCACUGCUGGGAAGAGAGGUUGUUUCCAACUCUGGUGGGUCAGACGACCAGCACGUUGAUGCACAGGAGCAACCACAGCAGCUUAAAACAUCACCUGAAAGUCCAGAAUAUUUUGCAAAUUGAUGUUUUGUAGGAACAUUAAACAAGGUAUGAAAGUUGAUCUGUAAUCUUUUGACCAGUCAGCAAUGAGCUUCAUGUGACAAGAAACUAACAUACUUCCCACCAACAGGGAGUCAGAUACAAUGCUGCAUCCCAUUCCUUGUCAUUCUGGACAAAGAAAACUUUCCUUCCAGUACAAAUGAUAAUGCGUUUAUAUAAAAAGGAGACAGAACCCUGCAUGAGAUUUAGGUUUAGUCCUGAAGCAGGCGAAUGGCCUGAGACAAUGACAAUUCUUUUCCUCGCACAGAUGCUGCUCGAGCUGUUGAGUUCCUCCAGCAGAUUGCCUAUUGCUCCAUAUUCCAGCGUCUGCUGUCUCUUGAAUCUUGAUUGUUAAUAAACUAGUUUCCAAGCAGCAAAGGAGGGGGAAUUGACUGGAAUUGGUUUAUUAUUGGUUUAUUUCUUGUCAUAUAUAGUGAGGUAAGUUAAAAAUCUUGUCCUCCACACUGUACAUGCAGAUCAAUUCAUUACAUAUUAUACAGAGACUGCAAAAGAUGACAAUAAUAACAAAAUGCAGAAUAAAAUGCAACAGCUACAGUGAAAAUGCAAUGCAGGUAAACAAUAAAGUGCAAGGUCAAAAUCAGGUAGAUUGUGAGGUCGAGAGUCAAUACUAUUGUACUAAGGAACCAUUCAAUAGUCUUAUAAUAGGAGGUUGAAGCUGUCCUGGAGCCUGGUGAUAUAUGCUUUCAUGCUUUUUUUUAUCUUUUACCUGGUA